GGUCCAAUUGAUAUUUGUUCCCAUCUCCAAAAAAACAGCCAAUCUGAUAUCUUUCCUAAUAAUUAAGAUCUCAUUCGAUAGGACAAACUAUAACCAGAGCAAAUCGAAUAAGAACCAUGACGUCCAACCCGCCCCAAAGUCAAACCAUGCUCCUGAGCAAAAGAAUAUCCACCUUCCUACAGAACAACAUAUCGCCACAUCUCCAUACACUAAUGCUGCUGACACCCACCGGCAAGCUCCUUAGCACCUCUUCCAGCGCCCCGGCCUCAGUACUGCGUCACCAAGGUACUCUCGCCCUCUCACUCUGGACACUCUACUCACCCUUUCCGGCGCAAACCGUCUCCGACGCGCUUCCUCCCAAUGGCGAAUCGUCCCAUGCUCGCAAUCCCACGUCGCGAGAAACGAAAAGUAUAUUGAUACAAAUGGAAUUGGGCAUCAUGGUGAUACGCUUGUUAGCCUGUGGAUUAUUAUUUGUCGCGAUCGGACCAGCGCCCGGAGUGUCAGGGACAACCACACCGCAGAUUCAGCGAGAAGGGUUGGUUUCGAUAUCGCAACCAGCGUCGCCGGAUGGAGGGCACGAGAGGGAAGUCAUCAGGAGUGGAGAAGGAAGUGAGACGGCGAGUGUGAGGAGUGCGAGAGGAGGUGGAGUGGGUAUUAGCGGCAUGAGAAGACAAGCAGAGGAAUUGGGAAAAUGGUUAGAAGGUGCAUUGGAUGGCUUGAUAUUGAGUACAGCGGAACGAUAAAUUCAGCGCGAUUGAUGGGUGCGGGUGAUGGGAGAAGCCACCCAAUUGAAUUCGAACACUGUACGACAAUUUAUUACUAUCGCGUCGCAGAACGACUGGGGAAAAAGCCUUGGGGUGAUCAAUCGAUAUUGAUGUUAUACGACGGAGCAAAAAUCAAACAUCAGACAAUAAUCGGGUUGGGUAUAAUGGAACAAAUGGAUACUUUGCAUAAAAUGGGAAUUAAGGAAUCAGCAGCACUUGGAUUGUACGGAUUAUUCAUCAGAGGAAAUGGUGCAAGGGGAUUGGAGUUAUGAUACCACAACAUUCGAUUCUGGUAUACUGUUUUCUUUUUUUCUCUCUCUCCUUUCAAUAUAUACUGAUUGUCAGUCAAGCACAUAAUUAAUCUUGUAUCAUAUUGAAUAGUGUUUUGUUGCUGAUGCGAUUUUUGAUCGUGGAGGUAUAUGGUUUUGUUACAUCGUGGCAUACCAAAAUUGAUAAUAUGUCUUUCUUAUAUGCACAAAAAUUCAACGAGAUGUUAUUUCGAAAUCGAUUCUGCUGUCCAUUAUAGCCUUUCAGUACUCUCAAAUCUCUAAUCCGGCUUCGAACA